AUGGCCCCGGGACGUUCGAAACAGCGAUGUCAAUCGGUACCACCGAAUCGGACAUCGAGGAACACUUUGAACACUCAUGUUGGAAGAGUUAGAAAUAGACAAGUCUGUCACGAGUCCGAGCCUGAUGAAACUGAAUUGGAAGAAACUGAAUCGGCGAAGUCUGAAUUCGAAGAGUCUGGGUCCGGCGGGUCCGAAUACGAAGAAUCUGGGUCUGAUGUCACUAUUGACGAUGACCUUGAUGGAACAUGGUUCCCAGUAAGGGAACGCAUUAUCAGAUCCGAAGAUCGCGACGUAAAUCCCGAAGACGGCGAACAGAGACGCAAUUAUGAAUCAGUCAACGUCCUACUUCUGACCUUUGACUACAAUGACUUAGGUCUCGAAAAAGAAUCCGCAGGUGUCAAGAAUGCUUUUCAAAGGCUAGGUUAUUCUGUAACCCCAUACCAAAUGCCAAUGAAAAAUACUUGGCCAAAAGUUAAACGCAAAUUGAACGGUUUUUUGAGGACUCGCGAAAAUCGUUACGAACUACGAAUAAUCUACUAUCAUGGGCAUGGGUCAACCGUAAAGUACCCGAAUACAAACUACCCAAGGCUUUUGUUAUCUAGUCAUAAUACACCCAAAAAGGAUAAUCCAGAGUAUCCUCCAAUAGUACGCCGCAAACCGCCACCAAUAGUGAAGCUUUUUUGGCAUGAUAUUGCGAAAGAAAUUGAAAAAGCAGAAUGUGACACCCUCGCUAUUCUUGACUGCUGCCUUUCAGGAGCAGCAGCUACUACUGAAAAGGAAGAAGAAGAAGAAGACGUCUUCGGCGACUAUCGCAGAGAAAUGAUCACUGCCACUUGCUGGGACGGUAUAACAUCCGACCAGAUGAGCCCAGCUAUGUGGACAGUUUUGAACAAAAGCCUACUCAAAAAAGGUGAUUCGAUAUCUAUCGCUACACUUGUUCGAAAAAUGAACAAUAGUUUGGUGAGAAUUGGCGCUUCUCAAGCUCAUCAUUGCACUCUUCAAAGAAACGAGCUUGGUAAGAUGGUUCUUCCUCGCCUUAGUAGCAGUGUCCCAAUAGACGAACAAAAAUUUUACGACAGGUACAGAAGUUUGAAUACACCCGGUAUACGGCUUCGCAAUCGUAAGGCUCUUGUUCUAGGCGGUGAUUGUGGAAUCGGGCGAUCUGUUGCUAUAGCUUUCGCUCUAGAAGGAGCGACUGUCACUAUUGCGUACUUCGUAGAACGAGAAGAAGACGCACUGUCAACCAAGCUAGAGGCGAAAAGACUCGGAGCCGGUACAAUAAAGUUAUACCCUUUGACUCGAGGUUACGAGUCGAGCGAUAUACUCGAAAACUCUCUUUCAGGACUCGGUGGUGAUUCCAGCGUCAUUGAUAUCGUAGUCAACAACCUCGGUUAUAAAAUUAAGGAUGACGAGGAAGAGCCGGUGAUGAUACCAGCUUUAGCAUCGGGAUUACGGAGCUCGAAGCCAAUUAAAGAUCACAAUGACCUUCCCUCGACCCAAAGUCCCCUCGAACAGAAUAACUUCAUUACCACUGCCUUAGAUCGGAUGAACAGUGAGGGUAUCAUUAUCAACACCGUGCCCCUCCAAAACACAACUGAUCUGCUUUCAGACAAGGAAUAUAAUGAAUCAAUCAGUAUCACCAAGCACCUGACAGGGUAUCAAGCCGUUAGGGAAGAUCCAGCUGCUGUAGCGAUCUUCCCAGGACCGGAUUCUCUGUUGUUGACCAAUGAGGAACAAGCACUCAAAGUUUUGAAUACCUUUGUAUCCGCCGCCUCAACUACUAAUAGUGAAAGGAAGGAUAUAACAGGAAAAGUCUUGGAAAUUAUUGGAUAG